AUGCUUUUACGAUCAUCUGUAAUUCGUCGUACUGUUUAUUAUUUAUUUAUAAUAAUCACAAUUACUUAUAUUGUAUAUAAAACAUAUGAUUAUUAUGAUGAAGGUUAUUUCAACAUUUUUGAUUCAAGUGAUCCUAUUAAACGAUACAAUAAAUAUACAUAUAAAACCGGUGAUUUGAUUCCAGUAUCGGGCUAUAAAAUUCUUCAAUCUGUUGCAGAUCCUUCAUCACAAAAGAUUCAUGAAUUAUAUACUCAUCUUGAUGGAUACAAUGAAUUAAAAGAUUAUUUUAUAUUUUUUCCCGAAGAAUUUUAUCAUAUUACAUUAACUAAAUUGAUAAAUAAUCUAUCUAUAACAGAUAAACAAUUAGAAAAAUUAGAAAAUGAACAAGAUUUACUUGAUAAAAAUAAUACACAAACAAAAUGUAUUGCUAAAAAAUUACGAUUUAUUGAUAAAAAUGAAAUACGUUUAGAAGUUGAAUUAAAAAAUGAUUAUAUUGAUGGUUAUCUUAAACAUUUGCGAAAACGAUGGGAUGAAAAUUUUUCUGAAUUAAUUACAGAACAUUGUACAUCAUUUUAUAUACCAUUAGCUUAUCAAUAUAAAGAUAUACCGAAUGAAUAUCUUUUGAAUCGAUUCAAUGAAACAUUAGAACAAUGGCAUGACAUACCAUUUGAAAUUGAACUUAAUUCUAUUGACAUAUGUUCAUAUGCAAGCUUACUAAAUUAUGACACUAUUCUGGCUGAUGUUGACGAAGAAAUUUAA